AUGGCCGCCGCCAUGUUGACAAAACGUGGCAAUUGUUUUGCUGGACUGACCCGUAAUCACGGAGUUCGCUGUGAGUCAGUUUCAGGUAUUAAUAUUGAGGCUUAUGUUUCUGCUAUUUCUGAAAUUAUUGAUGCCAAAACUAUUUUAGCUGCAUCUCGCAUUAAUGGCAGUGUUAUUGUUUUUCUGACCUCAGUUGCUGACGUUGAUAAAGUGUGUGCUAAUGGACUAAAUGUUGGUGAUAUGUGUAUUCAUGCCGAGGCAUUGGUAAAACCAGCCACUAAAAUAGUGUUGUCUGGGGUUCCUCCUUUUAUAACGAAUGCUACUCUUGACAAGCAUUUAAACAAAUUCGGUCGUAUUGUCAGUACGUUCCGAUACAUCCCCAUCGGAAUUAAAAAUCCCGAGCUGAGACACAUCAAGUCUUUUCGAAGACAGGUUCACAUGAUCUCUGAAAACGAUAGUAUUGAGGACAUUAUACUGAUAAAACAUGAAAAUCGACUCUAUAAAAUUUAUGUAUCAACAGAUAAAAUCACGUGUUAUAAAUGCUUUAAAAAAGGACACGUACAACGCGAUUGUCGUCAAGGUACCCGGUCGCAAAAUAAAACGAAUGCUGCGGCUGAAAAUAGUCAACAGUCUACAAACAACACUCCAAAUGACGAAAACAAUCAACCAACCGUCGAGACUAAUGGAUACAAUGUCGACGAAAAUACCCAAUCUGCACCACGAAGAAAGGAUGAAAAUAAAACAGAUGAACAUCACAUAGACGGAAUUGAAUAUGAAGACAGAACUGAAACAGUUGAACCAAGUCAAGAUUACAGUCAAAGCCGUGACGAUGAUAUGGAUGUUGGUGGGGAUAACACACAAAUCACGAGGCUUUUUGAAAAUGACCUACAUACUGACGACGCCGGUGACGACGCCGGUGACGACGUCGAUAAUGAUAGUACUAAUAAUGUACAAACUGAUUCAUUGUCAACAUCGUCAGAUUUUUCAAAUACCAGCGAGGAGGUGGUACUAACCCACCCCUCAACCAUCCUGCAUUCCUCCGAUCCUGGCUUUUGUGUUCCGUCUUACUCCUCUAUUGUAUCGGGUUCUAAGCCCAUUGAUGUUUUUGACCGAAAGGUCAGUGACCUUGAUGGUCGGUCUGAUGACAGAGAUGAAAUGGAGUCUCUGUCGUCAGAGGUCUCCGAACUCUCCGAAGUCAGUACUGAUGAUGCUGACUUAAAAUUGUUGGAUCAAGAUACAAUUACAUCCUUUAUCCAAAAAUCUUACAAUCAUAAGCGCAUAAUUGAAUUCGCGACAGAGUUCUGUCCAGAUCUGGGAAUACUUAUUAAAUCUAUUAACCACUACCGGAAAAACACUGAUAUGCCGGGCAGCGAAAAAAUCCGUAUCCAGCGUAUGAAUUCAAAACUAACAAGUUAUUACAAGAAAGUACUCAAGAACCCAGAAACUACCGUCAGCACAAAGGAAAAAGCAAAAGAAGUAUUAUUGAAUACACAACGGGGUAUACCCUCCAACACUGGAGGUAAACAAAAGAUCUAA